AGGUAUAGAUAUAGCGUACUCAAGAUAGGAUAUUUUGCAACCAUAGUAUUACAAUUUAAACUGAAUUCUUACAGCCGUUACGUUUUUGGCAGAAAUACCAGCAGGACUUGAAAUAUGUACAUUUUAGGAUUAUUCAAUGUGCCAUGGUGGCUAUUUUGGCCUAUUUUUGUGGUAUUAACGUUUAUUGUUUACUCAAAAUACAAGAAAAGUUAUUUCAGUCGUCGUGGAAUUCCGGGACCAAAGCCGGCACUAUUUCUUGGCAACAUAAGCGCAAUUGGAAAGCAAGGACUAAAUAACUUCGAUCGAAAAUGUGCAGAUAGAUAUGGACCUUAUUUUGGAAGUUACUAUGGCAACCACCCGGUGCUUGUAAUAUGUGACCCGGAUAUAAUCCGUGAGAUCACGAUAAGUCAAUUUUCCAAAUUUUAUGACCGAGCGGACACCAUAGAGACGCCGAAAAGAUGGCGGGAUUCCCUAAACAACGCAAAAGGAAUGAAAUGGAAAUAUCUGCGGUCGAUAAUUCAGCCAACGUUCAGUUCGGCAAAGAUUAAGAAAAUGAGACCGAUUUUGAAACGUUGCCUCAAUGACUUUAUCUCUUGUUUGGAUGACAAGCUUGACGAUACGGAAAAUCACGUGAUUGAUAUAUAUAAAAUGUACACCGCUCUCACAAUGGACAUUAUCUGUAGCACCGCCUUUGGAAUCGAAGUAAACUCUCAGAAAAAUGCGGACGAUCAAUUUGUUAAAAAUGCUUCGAAAGUUCUUGGUGUUGGGAUCACUAGUGCGGUUAUUUUUCUAAACUUUUUGUUUCCGGACAAAGCACUUAGAAAAAUUAUAAUGUUUUUAUCCGGGGACUGGGUUGACAAAGACGCCAUGAAAUUUCUUACCGAGACAGUGCGACAAGCUGUGAAAGUCCGGAAGGAAGAGAGGUCAUCCGAAUAUCAUGAUCUACUGAAGCAGAUGAUGGACACACAGAAAAUGUCGGUAGAACAUGGAAUUUCGGAGGAUAAAUCAUUCGAAGAAAUGAAAAAUGAUGGAAUGAGCGAUGAGGAUAUAAUUAUUAACGGAAUAAUCUUUCUGGCCGCCGGUUACGAAACCACGUCAUCUUUGUUGUCAAUGGCGACACACUCACUAGCUGCGUAUCCAGACUGCCAGAACCGACUUUCCUCGGAGAUCGAUGACGUCAUUGGUCAGAGAGAUGAUGCUAUCAGUUAUGAUAAAAUUCUGAGUAUGGAAUAUUUGGGUAUGUUUCUCCAAGAGACAUUGCGAAUGUAUCCGCCAGCGGGACGCUUUAACCGUCAACCAAAUCAAGACGUUGAGAUAAAGGGACUUAAAUUACUUAAAGGGGAAGAUGUAGCGUUUUCUACGCAUGCGCUCCAUAGAAAUCCGCUUUACUGGUCGGAACCGGAUAGAUUUGAUCCCGAGAGGUUUGCUUCUCACAGCAAAGACGCCAUUGUUCCGUACAGUUUUAUUCCGUUUGGUGCUGGUCCGAGAAAUUGCGUUGGGAUGAAACUGGCAUCAGUUGAAGUGAAGAUGGCAAUUGUUCGUCUGCUGCAACAUUCACGUAUUGAGAGGUCUUCUAAUUUUAGCGUACCUCCGGAAAUAACUAUAAAAGGGGGAAUUCUUAGACCAAAAGAUGGACUAUUUGUUAAAGUGGUUAGGCGAUAGAGCGAACGUUACAUUUCUUUUGUUUCAUGCCUAUGUGAAAUUCAGUACAUUUUUAGUAUUUGGUUUGUUUUCUAUGCUUUUAUUUAGUCUGUUUGGAUAAAUGACCAAUAUACUGGUCUGGUAUUCGUUAUUCCCUUUUCAAAUAAGGAAUAAGGAACUAAUUCCUUAUUCCUUUUUUGGAUAUUUUACAUAAAAAUACUGAGAAAUGAUUUUUACUCCGUGUUCAAAGCUGUACACACAAAAGUAUAAACAUAAUUAUAACUUGAGGACAUUGGAUGAACAUGUAUGAUCAUAAGAUAAAUAUGUAUGGUGAUAAGGAGCAAAGGAGGCAAUUAUCGACCCCUUAGUACCAUAAUGUACCGUGCAUAAACAUGUAAGAAUCAUAAGAUAAACAUGUAAGAUUAUAAGUUUAACAUGUAAGAUCAUAAGAUAAACAUGUAAGAUGAUAAGAUAAACAUGUAAGCUGAAAAGUUUAACAUGUAAGAUCAUAAGAUAAACAUGUAAGAUGAAAAGUUUAACAUAUAAGAUGAUGAGAUGAACAUGUAAGAUGAUAAGAUAAACAUGUAAGAUCAUAAGACUAAUAUGUAAGAUGAUUAGAUGAGCAUGAACAUUUUACAUGUAUAUAAAAUGACGGUAGCCAUAAAGAAAAUGGACUAGACUUUUUUGUUUGCUACUUACCUAGUUCAGACUUACAUAAACAAAUAUUAGAAAAAGACACCAGCACCACAACUACAAAGGCAGACUGGAGUUUUAAUAUAUCCUUAAUUCUGUAAAACUGGGGGAAGAGGGAUUUUAAAGGACUUUAUAAUUCUAAGAUUAAGUCUUUGUGUUUUGCCUGGUAUAAUAUAAGCAAAACAGUAUGCAAAAUCAUAAAUAUGUUGCACUUUAUUGUUUUGUACGUUCUAAUUAUUAUUAUAGAGAGAAAUCCUUUUUAGAUAAAGGUCUGUCCGGCUAACUUAGCCCAGCUCUUUGCGAAUAGACAGUUUUUUUAACGUGCCCGGUGUAUAGCACCGAUACAUGCGAAGCCGUCUUUCCUAGAAAGAACAAGUACAGGCCUCUUAGAUCAUGUAACAAAAACAAAAAUAGAACAGUAAGAGUGAAACCACAAAUAUUUUAUCUGCAGUUAAGAUCAAAUGUUGAAGCAACUGACAACAAUGAGAUUUGCCAGUGAAACAAUAAAUGUCAGUGCUGUCCUACAAUUCCUACAAUCUUGUCUUUCACUCGGACUUUUUUGUUUUGUUUUGUUUUGUUUCUUGUGUCAUUUUUUUUUUGCAAAUUUCUACAAAUUUCUGUUUCCAUUUCAUCUUUCGUAAACACAUGUACUCUUUUUUCUAACGCAUUGUUUCACAAGAGCGGCUAUUCCGUUGUAUAUGCUAAACACUUCGCUUUGUAUAAUUAUAGGAUAUAAUGUCAUAUAUUCAGGAACAUACAAUAUUUUAAAGUCCAAUUUCGCUGCAAAUUAUAAGAUGUUUACACUAGAUGUAGGUGCAAAUGGGAAUAUCCUGUCGAGAGUUUACUCUUAUCAGGCGGUGAGGCUUGGUACAAGGCUCCGUCGAGUUACUGCGGAAACAUAUUUUUCUCAUUUACGUCGGCAAUAUAUAAGUAAAUACUAUUGGCAAAAUCCGAGUAAUUUUAAGUUUUUGCAAUUAUUAAAAAGUGAAAACGUAACAGAAAUCCGAAAUCUCUCGAUAUACAUGUAUGAAGCUUUUCAAUUGAGAAAUAGGUAGUCUAAUGAAUAUUAAUGUUAGAAACAACAUAGAUACUUUCACCUAGAAAAUUUUAUUAAAGACCCACCCUUGUCGUUUUCAAAAUAUAAUCUCUUCUGUUUUUUAUUUUUGUGUGUGUUUUUUGUCAUAUUGUAUUGUGAAAGGCAAAACAUUUUCAUGUUAUUUCGUCUCUCUCACAAAAAGCAAUUUCUGCGUUUUUGAAACUAAAUAAUUUUGGAAGUUUGUAUUUAAAGGGUAUUUAAUCGGAAAUGUCGUGCCAUCUUGCCACGAUUUUGAUUUUUAGAUAAACUGGAUACAUGUAUUUAUCAUGCUAUGCUCAUAGAUCUUAUAAGAUUUCAUGCAUAAUAAAGAUUCUUCUUCUC